GAGACCAUGCUCUCCGUGCCAGAGUUUUACUCCAGGAGGAAGCAGUUCGACGGGCAAUCCUCCACCCCACUGGACCAAUGUGGAUUACGAUUAGGAAUGUGGUACUGGAAAGAUGAGACCAAAACUCUGGAAUUUAGAAGCUUCACACCUGCGGUGGAGCUCAAGGAGAGAGGCAAGAAAGGGAAGGCGGUUCACUUCGCUGAGAUGGACGGUCCCGCUUCAGAAAGGUUGACAGAUAAAAGGUUUGCCUCAAGGGACGACAAGUCAGCGAAAGCCCUGGAGAAACGAUAUCAGCUGGGCAACGUCACGCUGGAUGACGUCAAGUUUGUUGCAUUGCUUUCCCUCCAAGACACUGAAAUGCAGCGGAUCUGCUCUUUUACAACGUUUAUGAGAAAUAAGAACCUUGACAGCUUCCUUAUGGCGCUUCUAUACUAUCUGUCUUAUUACUUGGAGAAACUCUCAAUGGAAAAGAAACCCCAAAGCUACAUGGUAGGCCUGGUAGAGAAAAAAGAGAUAGAGCUGGUUAUGAGCAAGUUAGAAGAUGCCCAGAAGUACCUGGCACAGAAGUACUGCAUCCUCGUGCUGGGCGUGGGCAUGGCGGAUAAGCAUCACAUGAACUGUGGAAAGGAUAAAGUCUCAGACACGCAAAAAGACUGGAAAUUCUUUGAGUCCUUUUAUACUUUCUGUACAUGCAUAGCUUGGAUUGUCUUCCGACGUCAGUACCUGACAGAGAUUGAGGAAGAAGUAGGGAGGCUUUUUCGUACCAAUAUGUUCAACAUUCCCCGAAGGAAACGCGAGGAUGAAGAAUCAGGAGGAGAGAAGAAGCGCAUGACAUUGGUACAGUUUCGGAAAAUGAUGGCAAAACGUCCAGCAAUUAAAAAGGCGGUCGACAUGCGCUCCCCAGUCUUGUCUACACUGCUGCCAUCUCUCAGAGAAAAAGCUCAAAAUAUCGUUGAAAAAAAGUAUGUGGCAGGCAUCAAACUGCCACCCCGAAUGCAGAAGGACACAGCAAGUCUGGAGUCUGUGGUCAUGCCCGUAGUUGGCAUCUUGGGAGAGCCUCGACAUCUGUUCAACCCUCAUACUCUCCUCCCCCUUGAAUCAGAAGAAAAUGGGAAACAGAGUGGAAGAAAUUCCACCAUAAUAGAGAGGAAUAGCAUAAUGACUGAGGACACGCUGGACUUGGUCAUGACAACCCUAUCAUCACAAAACACCUUCCCUAAAUAA